AUGAGUGGGAACCCUUACACCGCAUUACACGAAGAAGCAUAUGCUGUCGAUCAUGAAACGCGACAUACUUGCCCUCUUUCCGCGGGUAAUUGGAAGCAGACAAGAAAUAUGUCAAAGCUCGCUGUUACGCUGCAGCUCCUCGGCCAUGCAGUCUUGCCGCUCGCAUCGUUGGGCCUGAUUUUGGCGAUUCUCUACGGUUCCGGAUUACCAUCCGGCGAGGUCGACGUGGCGUGGAUCCAAAUGAUCAUUACCGCCGUAUUAGCUGGAUUUGCAGUAAUUACUACCCUCCUUGGAAUCGUCGGAAUCUGGGCGAAACAAAAGUUACUCCUGCGGAUGACCGCUGUAUUCGUGUUGGCCUACGCGAUUUUGUAUGUGAUCGUGCUGUUCCUGGCCAAAUGGAACGUCGCUUUUUACAUGCUCGGCUGGGCCCUGUACGAGCUGGUGUGCUGUUCGAGCGUUUGGACCCAACUCGGAAAACUGCAAAGCUGCCCGGAAUGCUAU